AUGGCAUGCCCACGCCCCGUACUACUACACGACGACAAUGAUGACGACAACGACGACGACGACGACGACGCCGGCGAUUAUGGAGUUGGAAUCAACACCUUGAGCACCUGCUUGCAUCGCGAUGCUCUAAACAACGAAGAUCUAGACGGCAAUUAUCUAGACAACGAUACUCUAGACGGCGAUAACCUGGACCGCGAUGUUCUAGUCGGCAAUAAUCUAGAUAACGAUUCUGAAGGCGGCGAUGAUGUAGACAACGAUAGUCUAAACGGCGACUAUCUAGAUGAUGGCGAUCCAGACGACGAUCUAGAUAUGAAGCUGGAUCAUAGAUGUUCAUGCGACUGGAUGCAUCGGAGAGAGCAGAAAUCAUCGUUCGGCUGUUCAGAUCGACACGGUGUUGUGGUUGGAGAAUAUAAGUCCAGUCAGUUGUUGCAGAAGCGGGAUGGUUGCAUCGAGGGACUAUGCACUGAUGGUGGCAUGGAUGGAGGUUUCGUAGAUAAAAAUGGUCGUAUUAUUCUGUUAUGCAAUCAGGAAGAUGCUGUAGAUGCCCUAAAAUUCGACACUAAUCCUGCUGAUGAGAGUUCAAAGUCUACAAUUCAAUCGCAUGUGAAAAUGUCAUGA